AUGGCCUACGCUGAUGACGCUGUCCGAGCUAAGCUCUCAGCGCUGAAUGAAACCCAAGACAGCAUUGUCAGCGUCGCUCAAUGGAUCAUCUUUCACAGACGACACGCCGACCGUACUGCUGAGCUAUGGCUCGAGAGACUCAAGGACUCCAACCCGCCCAAGAAACUCAAUCUGAUCUACCUUGCCAAUGAGGUUGUCCAGCAGUCAAAGGCUCGUAAGAAGGACGACUUCCUUGUCGCCUUCAGCCCUAUCAUCGCAGAAGCCACCUCGCUGGCCUACAAGAGCGGUACACAAGACACGGGCGGCAAGAUCAAGCGCGUUGUAGAAGUCUGGCGCCAGCGCAACAUCUUUGAUCUCGCCAUUCAAGAUGCCACCGAGAAGCGCAUUCAUGAGGUCGACAAGUCUCGCACAGCCCGCUCCGGCGGCGCACGUCUUGGUGGCUCCCUGCUCGGCGGCUCCAUCCUCUCCGGCUCUUCCUCGUCGGCCGUACCGCCUGAACUGCAACCCCUGGCCCAGCCUCAGGCCAAUCUUUCUCGCUCCGAAUCUGCUGCCCAACCCCUGAUCAAGACGGCCAACACCGAAUACGCAAAGUUGACCGAUCCCAACACCCCUGUACCCAGUCCGCCUGUCCAUGCCGCUCGCCUAUCCUCUCUGCUGAAGAACCUCGCAAGCGCAGAGGGCGCCGUCAACGACAGCCUCAAGGCCCGAAGCGAACUCAUCGCCGGUCUGGAGAAACUGCUCGAGUCCAAUAGAGGCAAGCUGGAUGAAGAACAGAAGACACACUCGGAGCUCUCCUCUCGCCGUGCCACGAUUGAGGCCAAAAAGAAGGAUGUCGAGGAUGGCAUUAUGCGUGGCCUGUCCGCCGAUGCUUCAUCCGCUGUCGCCUCGGCCAACUCUCUCCCUGCUUCUGGAGACCAUGGCAGCCCCGAAGUCGAAUCGUUCACUCCCCCUCCUCCCGAUGUCGAG